AUGACCAUGAGCACGGGUUUUGGUGUGUGCCUUCGCUACCUGAACACGCUAGGCCUGGUCGAAGACAUGAACAGGAAGGUGGCAGUGCCCUCCCAAGAUGAUAUCCGCCGGAUACUGGGAGUGGGAAAGUUGUCGGCCGUCUUUGCUCCACACUCUCCCAUUGCAGCCCAAUGGUCCGCGGAUUCCACCAUGUCCGGAGGCAUACGGGAAACCUCGUUGCCGCUCUUGACAUUGGGUCUGAUUGCUUCAGUGUAA